GGCUUUUUCCAGUUUACCUCAACAGAACCCGACAAAUGUUUCUCCCCCCACCGGCACACACACACACACACAUCUUCCUACCCCCUUCUCAAAUUCUUCCAUUUGGGUCUCUCUCUUUCUCUCUCUACAUUCACAUAAACCCUCUCUCUCUCUUGACUCUUAUCUUUUUUCUUGUAUUCGUAUACAUGACGAAUUCUUAAGAAAGAUAACGACUUAGUUAGUAAAAAUAAAAAGAUAAGAUGAGGAUGUUAAUGGCCAUUGAUUCAUCUCUAUAUGGUUUCUUGGUUAUUGCAGCUUACCCCAAAAGCUGAGCGUAGCCCUCCUCCACAGCCAUGGAACUCGGAACACUGUGAUAUUCUUGAUGUUGGGCUUGGGACCCAAGUGUAUGAGACUGAAAGUUCUCUUAGUGCAUCUAAGAUCGGAAGGAAAUGUGCGAAACGCUUAGAUAGUAUUUGGGGUGCUUGGGUUUUCUUUAGCUUUUAUUUUAGGCCCGUGUUAAAUGAGAAAUCCAAGGCAAAGAUGGUACGAGAUAGUAAUGGAUAUUCGGGGUUUGAUAAGUCUGAUCUCCAGCUUGACGUAUUCAUGGUUCAACAUGAUAUGGAAAAUUUGUAUAUGUGGAUUUUCAAGGAAAGGCCCGAGAAUGCAUUGGGUAAGAUGCAGCUCCGGAGUUACAUGAACGGGCAUUCUCGUCAAGGAGAGCGUCCAUUUCCCUUUAGUGUUGACAAGGGUUUCGUCCGAUCUCAUAGAAUGCAGAGGAAGCACUACAGGGGACUAUCAAAUCCUCAGUGUAUUCACGGGAUUGAGGUCGUUCCAUCUCCCAAUCUCGUGGUUCUUGACGAAGAGGAGCGGAAAAGAUGGAUGGAACUCACGGGUAGGGAACUCAACUUCACUAUCCCACACGAAGCAAGCGAUUACAGUUCAUGGAGAAACCUCCCCAACACUGAAUUCGAGCUCGAGAGACCACUCCCACCAAUUAAGAGUAAUUCGCAUUCCAACCCGAAGAAACUAGCUAAUGGGUCAGGGCUUAAUUUGUUAACUCAGCCGUCCAAUCACAGCAAUGGGGACGCGAUGGAUCUACUACCUGCCAAUGGCAAAAGGAAAAAGGAUUUCUUCCCUCACGGAAAUGAAGAUGAGUGUUAUCUGCAAGUAAAUCCUCCUUCCUAUCAAACUCCGGAUUUGGAAAUACACCCAACUGAACCGCAUUGGUUACAUGAAUUUAGCGGGGUUAUGAGGGACGCCUACGGGCCCGUUACGGCUGCUAAAAGCAUAUAUGAAGAUGAGCAAGGUUACUUAAUUGUUAUCAGUUUGCCAUUUGUGGAUCUUCAAAGGGUGAAAGUUUCCUGGCGGAACACGCUGACACAUGGGAUAAUAAAGGUAUCUUGUUUGAGCACAUCUCGGAUGCCAUUCAUCAACAGACAGAACAGAACUUUCAAGCUCGAUGAUUCAUCCUCAGAACACUGCCCUCCAGGGGAGUUUGUCAGAGAAAUUCCUCUCUCAACAAGAAUUCCUGAAGAUGCUAAAAUUGAAGCAUAUUACGACGAAUCAGGAACAGUGCUCGAGAUGUUGGUGCCAAAACUCUGUGAAGGGCCUGAAGAACAUGAAGUUCGCGUUUGCCUCCGUCCUCACCUUGGGGGAAAUGACCUCAUGUUGACCUAAAGAAAGUAAGUAGAAACGCAAUCGCGAUUGUUAGGAAGGGUGCUUCAUUAUGCACCAACUUAGUUUCUUAUGAUGUGGUUUAUGAAACUGUAUGAUCUAUAUUCGUUUUCCACGUACUAAACGUUGUUGCGUUGUUAGUAGGUUUCUCAGCCUAGCUUUAGCUUCUGUUGCAACAGUAUUUUACUAUAUGAAAUUUGAUACCCUUACUUAGUUUAGUCAAUUGAUAUUUUGUCAUCCAUUAAUUUCA